AUGGAAGUCGUAUUUUUUUUAUGGUUGGAUGUUUGGCAUCCGGAUGGAUGUUUGCUGGAAAAGUAUGGCCAUAGAGCAGUGUAUGAUGCAAGGAGCUCUCUUGGUGCCAAGUUAUCCACUGUGAUAAGGAAUGGAGAUUGGUUUUGGCCUUAUGCUAGAUCGGAUAAGCUAGUGGAGCUGCAAAGUAAGCUUUCGGAGGUUGAUAUUGGGGAAGUUGAUCUCCCUGUGUGGCAUAGCAGAACAGGCAAGUAUGCUUGUGCUGAUACUUGGGAUUUCUUAAGGACAAGGGCUCCUCAGGUGAAAUGGUGGAGAGUAGUGUGGCACACGGUUGCUAUUCCUAGGCACUCUUUUCUUUUGUGGUUGGUGUUCAAGGAUGCUUUAAUAACCAAAGAAAAGAUGUGGAUUGCUGAGCUUAUUGCUCGUUCUUGCCUGCGUGUAGAUUGUAAUAGUGGGAUUGUGUUUCUGGUUGGUUGGUGCUAUAAAGAUCUAUUUGAAUUCCAGCUUUUCUGGAAACCCCAUAAAUUGAAUGGUUUGGAAAUUGUUGAUUACCCCUAUGAGCAUCCAGAAGCUGAUGCAAAUGAUGACCCACUCUAA